UGACGGACAACUGUGACUUCCUGUCAUCAAGUGUUCAGCUUUCGCACACUCGGUGAUAACAGUGAGUUGAUGUUUGUGUUUAUACGUUGUAUUGUUUUAAAUGACUGCGUUGAAAGUCUUAUUUCACUACAUUUUACCUCUUCCUGAUUCUACUCGUCUAUUAAUUUGACUAGUUUUACUAAACCUCCAUUACCUAACCUACAUCCAUUCACCAUAUCAACUUGGUCUCCAUUUCCUUUUACCCGUUCCAUUGGCUCCACUGAUGGGAGAAAAGAUGACGACAGCUCAGGAAGCCCUCCUGGAGACUUUGGAGGAUUUGGGAGCCGAGGACUUUGAAAAGUUCAGGUGGUACCUGUGUCAGCAGGGGGCACUAGAAGGCUUCCAAAGGAUCAAAAGGUGUCACUUGGAAAAUGCAAGCCGAGAGAACACGGUGGAUCACAUGAUUCAGACCUACUCUGAACACGCUGUCACUGUGGCCACAGUAGUUUUGGAGAAGAUAGGAAGAAAUGACAUGGUGAAGACCUUAUCAAAGACAAAGAUAGGAACUAAAGAAACCAGUGCCGCAACCUGUCGACGUGAACUAAAAUCAAAUCUACAGAAAAAGUUCCAGCGUCUGUUCGAGGGUGUGGAUGGCAACCCUCUAAAGCAGAUCUACACAGACCUCUACAUAACACAGGGCGGGUCCGGAGAGGUCAAUAAGGAACAUGAAUCCCGACAGAUCGAAAGAGCUUCCUGGAAUUCGAACAGAACAGAAACAAUCAUCAGAAAAGAAGAUAUCUUUAAAGUUGUGCCUGGAAGAGAUGGCGAAACUCGAACAGUGAUGACAAACGGAGUGGCCGGCAUUGGAAAAACAGUCCUUACACAGAAGUUCACCUUGGACUGGGCUGAAGAUAAAGCCAACCAUGACAUGGAUUUCAUUUUUCCUUUCACUUUUAAGGAGCUGAACAUGCUUUCGGAGAAGGAGUUUAGUUUGGUGGAACUGAUCCAUUAUUUCUUUAGUGAAACCGAACGUGCAGGAAUCAGCACAUUUGAAAGCUAUCGGGUCGUUCUCAUCUUCGAUGGUCUGGACGAGUGUCGACCUCCUCUAGACUUCAACAACACUGACUUUGUAACCGAUCCAACAAAGUCCACCUCGGUCCACGUGUUACUGAAGAACCUGAUCAUGGGGAAACUGCUUCCUUCUGCUCACCUCUGGAUCACCACAAGACCUGCAGCAGCCAAUCAGAUACCUCCUGCCUUUGUCGACAUGGUAACAGAAAUCAGAGGGUUUAACAACCUACAGAAAGAGGAGUACUUCCGAAAGAGGUUUCAGGAUGAGGAGCAGGCGAGCAGGAUCCUCUCUCACAUCCAGUCAUCGCAAAGCCUUUACAUUAUGUGCCACAUCCCGGUCUUCUGUUGGAUCACAGCCACAGUUUUAGAGGACAUGUUGAAGACCACCGAGGGAGGAAAGUUGCCCACAACCCUGACUGAGAUGUACAUCCAUUUUUUAGUAGUUCAAGCCAAAGUAAAGAAGGUCAAGUACGAUGACGGAGUUGAGACAGAUUCACACUGGAGUCCAGAUAACAAGAAGAUGAUUGUAUUACUGGGGAAACUGGCUUUUGAGCAGCUGCAGAAGGGGAACCUGAUCUUUUAUGAAUCGGACCUAACUAAGUGUGGUAUUGAAACCAGAACAGCGCUGUGGUACUCUGGAGUGUUUACACAGAUCUUUAAAGAGGAAAAGGGCCUGUACCAGGACCCAGUGUUCUGCUUUGUCCAUUUAAGUCUUCAGGAGUUUCUGGCAGCUCUUCAUGUCCAUCUGACCUUCAUCACCUCUGACGUCAAUUUAAUGUCAAAAUCAACGAAAUGGACCAAACUGUUUAAAUGUAACAUCAAACACGUGCACAGGAGCGCCGUGGACAAGGCUUUGCAAAGUCCAAAUGGACACCUGGACUUGCUCCUCCGAUUUCUUCUUGGUCUUUCGCUGGAGGCCAAUCAAAAGCUCUUACAGGGGCUGAUCACAAACACACAAACAAGUGCGGAGAGCAAUCAGAAAACAGUCGAGUACAUCAAGAAGAAGAUCAGCGAGGAGUCGUCCGCAGAGAGAAGCAUCAACCUGUUUCACUGUCUGAAUGAACUUAGAGACUGUUCUCUGGUGGAAGACGUUCAACAGUUCUUGAAUGCAGGAAAUCUUUCCACCAACGAACUAACUCCAGCGCAGUGGUCAGCGUUGGCGUUUAUCUUGGUGUCAUCCGGUAAAGAUCUGAAUGUGUUUGACCUGAAGAGGUACUCUCAGUCGGAGGAAGCUCUUCAGAGGCUGCUGCCAGUGGUCAAAGUGUCCAACAAAGCUCUGUUAUCUCACUGUGGUCUCUCGGAGGGAAGCUGUAGAGCCUUGUCCUCAGUCAUCAGCUCCCAGACCUCCAAUCUGCAAGACUUAGACCUGAGUUACAACAAUCUGCCGGAUCCUGCAGUGGGACAUCUGUCCGCUGGACUGGGGAGUCCUCAAUGUGCUUUGAAGGCUUUAAGGCUCGGAGGCUGCCAUCUCUCAGAGAGCAGCUGUGCACUUCUGUCCUCAGUUCUCAGCUCCCCCACCUCUAGGCUGAGACAACUGGACCUCAGUCACAACGACCUACUGGACACAGGAGUGAGGCUGGUAUCUGAAGGACUGAAAAGUCCACACUGUUCUCUGGAGACUCUCAGUCUGUCAGGUUGUCAAGUCACAGAAAAUGGCUGCAGAUUCCUAGCCGCAGCUUUGGCCUUUAAUUACCACUUGACAGAGCUCGACCUGAGCUACAAUCAUCCAGGAGACUCGGCAGAAAAGCUUUUCCGGGAUGGACUGAUAAUUCGGUUGGACCACAGUGGAACGCACAGGUUAAAAACGUUUAUCAGGAAAUAUUCGUGUGAACUGGAAGUAGAUCCAAACACAGUGAACAGAACACUGAAGCUGUACGACAACAACAGGACGGUGGUGAAAAUGAGUGCGCUUGCGUCGUAUCCUGAUCACCCUGACAGAUUCCAACUGAUUCCUCAGCUGUUGCUCAGACCUGCUCUUACUGGCCGACAUUUCUGGGAGGUUAAUUGGACAGAAGACGUUUUUAUAGCACUGAGUUACAGAGGAAUCGAAAGGAAAGGAAAAAGCAUCGGUUGUGCGUUUGGAUACAGCGACCAGUCAUGGAGUCUCAAAUGCGCCAGCGACAAAGGAUAUUCGGCCUAUCACAAUGGGAGAAAGACAAUGAUCACCGCGUCCACAUACUCUCACAGAGUUGCAGUCUAUGUGGACUGUCCUGCUGGGAUUCUGUCCUACUACAGUGUCGACACUGAUAACUCCCUGAUCCACCUUCACACCUUUGACAUUGCAUUCACUGAGCCUGUUCAUUUUGGGCUCUACGUUAAGUCUGGUAUUGUCUCAGUGUGAUCUUCAGGGGAGACAGUGUCUCGUGUUGUGCGAAAGACUUAAAGACAGCGCAGUGACAAGACUCCUUCUCAAAUAGAGGGUGUAGAAACCGUUAUCUCAGGAGACGGGAUUUAGAUCGUCAUAAAAAGUCCUUGUAGUUAAUAUACUGACAUUUUGGUCAGUGUUGAUUGUUCUGGCCUGAAUGAAUAUUAAUUUUUGGAAUUAUUUUUGGGAAAAAAAGAAAAUAAUAGAUAUUAAGGAACUUCACAUUCCGACAAGCACGAGACACCUAUUUGACUGUCAACUACAUGUGUUCUCUUCACUUACAGUACAGUUUUUUACAUACAAUAACAAACAUAGCACACAAAACAUUCCCGAUAGAAGGGCCAAAAUAAAAGGAACAAAUGACAACGAGAGCAACGAGACACACGGCAUUCAUUCAAGCAAUUAUAAUUUUGUGCAACUGUCCUUCGCUUUUAAUCCUGACCUGCCUUAGUCCAUCUUGUUCUUCUUUUUCCAGUUAGCCUACAUUUGAGUUGCAGACAGAAAGAGAGGAAAAUACAGGCAGGGGGCAGUGCCGUGCAGAUGUAAAUGUACUGUUCAGUAGUGCCUUCAGCCCUUGCUGAGUAAUGGAUUCGCGCGAGAUGGCAAAAAAAAAAAAAAUUAUGAGCUCAAACGCAGACUUACACGGGUUCCAAAUGGUGCCGACCUCUGAGGUUAAAAUUUACAUACCGGCCAUGCAUCAGUUUGAUUUAUCAGUCCUGCUGCACACUACUUGUUUUUGUUUAUUUUUAAUUAUUCAUUCAUUUCAUUCAUUCAUUUUUGAUCUCCUGGGAGCAACAUUUUACUCAUACCCUGCUUCUUAAUUGGUACAGUGAGGCAGGUGAAAGUUCGAUUCCCAGUGGACCAACAUUGACUGAACAAAAAAAAAAAAAAAAACACAAAAAACAAAUUAGUGGCCUACAUCAUAUAAAUGUUUAUUAAUAAUACUAUAACUGCUCGAAAGCAAUAAUUCAACUCGCUGUAAUAAAGCCAGCCACAUGUUUGAACUGACGGGAUUAGGUCAGGUGUCAUUUUUUUUUUUUUUUUCCUGUGGAUUUGUUUUUCUUACACUUUAAAUGUUAGUGAUGUAAAAAAAAAAAAAAAAAGUUUAUUAAAGAGGAGAAGUAGAAUUUUACGUGACAUUUAUUUUUUAAUCCUAUAUAUUUAAGUCUUUACCCUUAUUAAAAUUCAGAUGUUAAGUAUUAAAAACAUGUUUUUUCCAAUGUUAUUAGCACUAAUAAUGGAGUUUUUUAGAGGGCUGGAACAGAUACUUUUUUUUUUUUUUCUGUUAUUUCUAAUGGGAAAAAAUGAUUCGAGAUACGAGCACCUCGAGUUACGAGCUCGGUCCUGAAACGGAUUAUAUUUGUAUCCUCAAGGUAUUACUGUAUACGUACAUUCCCAGGGCACCAGGUGACACCAGUGAGACAAAUGACAGAGGCACAGGUGAUCAGAGUGUGAUCACUCUGAUUACCCCACUCAGCAGACAGCAGGAACAGGAACCAGACAGACCUACUAAUUACAUUGUUAAUUAAUGAUGUAAAUCAUUUAUUAUUAUUUUGUUGCUUUACUGUUGAAGAAUAUGUUAAGUGUCUUUCACAUGCCGACAUAUAUCCUCUGCUCCAUUUCCACAAAUCAUUGGCGCAUUCCUACUCUCCUGAUAACUGUCACCAGCUUGUGCAUUCAUUCACGUCAGAGUUGUUUUUUCAUAUUAUUUCUUUAUUUUAAAUGUGGCCAACUUCAAUCCAACAUGUGUUCAAAUUAAAAUGCGUUUGAUCCAC